GGUCGGUAGCUUUAAGCAUUCCACCACCUUCUUCAAGAAAUGGGGAAGAAACCCAAAGAAUCCCACCCUGAAAUCCCUAAUUCUUCUGCUUCAGUUUCAUCAGGCAGUAUUUUCAAAUCCCUUUUCGGUGGUGGUGUAGAAGAACCAGACGAUCCAACCUCUGUUUCGAUUUUCUCAGAUUCCAAUCCGUUCCGAAGUAAACACACCAAUGAAUCUCAAGUAAUUCCUGAAAAACUUCAGCAAGUUCUUCGAUUAGACAUCGACAGUCCACGUAAGAAUGACCCCCUGAUCCCUGAUUCUGCCAGUGAAGCGGUGAACAAGAGGAAAAGGAAGGAGAAAUUGCCCAACAACAAUGAUUCAGGUGAUUCUGACAUUGAAGGAGAGAUUAAGAAAUCAAAGGUGGAAAGUGGGUUUGUUGCAGAAAGUUCAAAGAGCACCAACUUUGAUGAGGAGAAGAAGAAGAAGAAAAGGAAGAGAGACGAGGUUGAGGCAGAGUAUGAGGAAAGAAAAUAUGGGGCCAUGGAUUUAGAUUUGAAGGAAGGUGAAGGGGUUAAAGGAAAAGUUGGGGAGAAAAGAAAGGAAUUGGAUAGGGGAGAGGAUCUGCUUGUUCCAAAAGAAGGAUUUGAUGAUGAAGAGAAGUUAUUGAGAACCAUAUUUGUUGGAAAUCUGCCAUUGAAGGUGAAGAAGAAGGCAUUGUUGAGAGAGUUCAGUCAGUUUGGAGAAGUAGAAUCUGUCAGAAUUCGGUCUAUUCCUUUGUUAGAUGACAAGACUCCAAGAAAGGGUGCUAUAAUCAAGAAGAAAAUCAAUGAUGCUGUUGACAGGGUUAAUGCAUACAUUGUUUUUAAGACGGAGGAUUCUGCUCAAGCCUCUUUGUCCCAUAACAUGGCAGUUGUGGGUGGAAAUCAUAUUCAUGUCGACAGAGCUAUCCCACCUCGCAAGAAAUUGAAGGGAGAGAAUGCUCCACUCUAUGACAGCAAAAGGACUGUAUUUAUCGGUAACCUUCCAUUUGAUGUGAAGGAUGAAGAACUUUAUCAGUUGUUUACUGGUUUUAACAAUCUGAAAGACAGCAUCGAGGCAAUUCGAGUCGUCAGAGAUCCUGGUACAAGCAUGGGAAAAGGCAUUGCUUAUGUCUUGUUUACGACAAGGGAAGCAGCAAAUACGGUUGUUAGAAAACAUAAACUGAAGAUUCGAGAUAGGGAGCUGAGGUUAUCUCAUGCCAUGAAAGCAAACUUGACACCAUCCAAGCAGAAGGAAUCAUCAUCAACCAACAAUUAUGAUUCCUCCAAGAAGCCAACUGCCGGCAACACCUCUUACCAGGGAAUACGGGCCAGCAAAUCCGGUGGCCAGAAGAAGUUUGCCACAAGAAUCGCUAAACCGGCCAGGACUGAAUCAAGAAGUGAAAAUACGGUCAAGCGAAAAGUGCGUUCUGAAAAGAGGCCUUCAGUUGCCGCUAGAAAGGCAGCAGCAAAUGCAGCUAGAACUGGCGGAGAUGGCAACAGCGGAGGUACAAAGCGCAAGCCAGAAAGCCGCACGCCACAGAGUAAUAGCCGAAACAAGAAACCUAGGAAAUUCAGGUAGGUGUGGUGUGUGUGUCCCAAACAGCAUGUUAUACUAAAGCCAGGAAAUUUGUAUACACUCUUUUACAUCGUUUAGAUUGCUUUAAUGUUUAUGGCAAAAGAAUUCAUUUGAUAUCA